AUGGACGCGACCACCGCCCCUCACCGCAUCCCCCCGCAAAUGCCCCAGUAUGGGGAGGCGAACCACGUCUUCGAGUUGAUGCAGAACAUGCUGGAGCAGCUCCUGAUCCACCAGCCCAAGGACCCCAUCCCAUUCAUGAUUGAUCAUUUGCAACGAGACAACGAUUAUGUGCCGAAGAUUAUAAUAUUAGGUCCACCUGCCUCGGGGAAAACAACCAUAGCUAUGUGGCUUGCCAAACAUCUGAGCACCAAUCUUCUCAGCGUGGAGAGCUUGAUAGCAAAGGAGUAUUCCCCUCUGGCGGCAGACGCCAGGAUGCAUUAUCAGAAGUUCAAGAUGGUACCCAACAUGCUGCUCAUCAGACUGAUGCAGGAGCGCCUGAAGGAGGAGGACUGCAUCAGGCGGGGCUGGAUUCUGGACGGCAUCCCCGAGACGCGGGAGCAGGCUCUGACGAUCCAGACCCUUGGCAUCUCCCCGAGACAUGUCAUUGCGCUGAGCGCUCCAGACACCGUCCUGAUUGAGAGAAACUUGGGGAAGAGGAUCGACCCUCAGACUGGAGAGAUCUAUCACACCACCUUCGACUGGCCGCCCGAGUCGGAAAUCCAGAACCGACUGAUGAUGCCCUCAGGCAUCUCGGAGGGGGAGACGGCGCGGAAGCUGCUAGAGCAUCACAGGAACAUCGUCAGGAUCCUCCCCUCGUACCCCAAGAUCCUGAAGGUCAUCAACGCCGACCAGCCCUGCGUGGACGUCUUCUACCAGGCGCUGACCUACGUCCGAACCAGCCAUCGAUCCAAUGCCCCCUUCACCCCAAGGGUGCUGCUUUGCGGGCCCGUGGGCAGCGGGAAAAGCCUGCAGGCCGCCCUCCUGGCCCAGAAAUACGGUCUCAUCAACGUCUGCUGUGGGCAACUGCUCAAAGAAGCCGUGGCGGACAAGUCCAAAUACGGCGAGAUGAUCCAGCCCUUUUUCGAGAAGGAGAUAGCAGUCCCUGACAACAUCGUCAUGAAGGUGCUGAAGCAGCGCCUGGACCAGCAAGACUGCGUCGAGAGAGGGUGGGUGCUGCACGGCUUCCCGCGAGAUCUGGACCAGGCGCACGUGAUGGACAGCCUGGGCUACAAGCCCAACAGGGUGUUUUUCCUGAACGUGCCAUUAGAUUCUGUCAUCGAGCGGCUGACCCUGAGAAGAACUGACCCGGUCACAGGAGAAAGAUACCACCUCAUGUACAAGCCACCUCCAACCAUGGAAGUCCAGGCCCGUCUCCUGCAGAACCCAAAGGAGUCGGAAGAGCAGAUCAAGCUCAAGAUGGAUCUGUUCUACAGGAAUUCUGCUGAGCUGGAGCAGUUCUAUGGGGAGGCCAUCACCCUCAAUGGGGACCAGGACCCGUACACAGUCUUCGAAUACAUUGAAAGUGGGAUCAUUAACCCCCUACCCAAGAAAGUGCCCUGA